AAAGUGGUAUCACGAUCUGGCCCGGUCUGCGCAAUCGUUGUGUCAGUCGAGGCUGUGCAAGAUAGAAUGGUGUGUCUCGAGAUAUGAGUAGGGAUCUGGGUGCGAGGUGGUAGCUGGAUGUUUCGAGGCAAGGUAUCGUGUCUCCAGUGUUGUCAGUUAGUCCAUGUCCAGGCGUGUUCCCAUGUCACUUUGCUGUGCAUUAUCUUGCACCUUUGAGCAUUCUGCGGCUGUCCAGGCGACACCGGGUUUGCUGAUCACGUCGUGCUGGCCAGUCGUCCGGUUUGGAGAGCGUUGAUACAUUUCUCUGUGCUAGUGGACGUGCUGAGAGAAUGGAUAUUGUUAAAGCGGCAAAUUGUGUUCUAGGAUGGCGAAGGCUUACCCGAAGGUGAGUGAGCAGUACCUGCUGGACAUCGAGAGAGCUCGCAGGAAGCUGCGCGCGCUGAUUGCAGAUAAGAACUGUGCACCCAUCAUCCUUCGUCUCGCAUGGCACGGGUCGGGAACUUACGAUCAGGAGUCGAAGACAGGAGGUCCUCUUGGAACCAUCCGGUUCGGGCAGGAGCUUGCGCACGGCGCCAACGCGGGGCUGGACAUUGCAGUGAAUCUGCUGCAGCCCAUCAAGGAGCAGUUUCCGGAGUUGUCGUACGCUGACUUUUACACGCUGGCUGGAGUCGUUGCCGUGGAGGUGACAGGCGGGCCCACCAUUCCUUUUCACCCUGGGCGCAAGGAUCAUGAGACAUGCCCCGUGGAGGGUCGGCUUCCCGACGCCACGAAGGGUUUGGAUCACCUCCGAUGCGUGUUCACGAAGCAGAUGGGGUUGACGGAUAAAGACAUUGUGGUGCUGUCGGGUGCACACACUCUGGGGAGGUGCCACAAGGACCGGUCCGGAUUUGAGGGAGCAUGGACGCCGAACCCCCUUAGAUUCGACAACUCGUACUUCCAGGUGCUGUUGGAGGGAGAGAAGGAUGGACUGAUCAUGCUGCCAUCCGACAAGGCUCUGCUGGAUGAGCCGAAGACUCGUGAGUUGGUUGAGUUGUACGCGAAGGACGAGGACAAGUUUUUCGAAGACUACGCCGAGUCUCACAUGAAGUUGUCAGAGCUAGGGUUUGCCGAGGCUUGAGUACGAGGUAGAGUCGUUCAAUUUGAAGCUGCAGUGCGGGGAAUGUCGGAGGCGAACGGGCUGGAGAUGUCCUGCAAUUUGGAUGUGUGCGCUGGAGCGGAUAUUGGAACGGGGACCUUUAUUGGGGUCAGAUAUUGCGUGUUUUCAUAGGGUCGGCUGUGCAAGAAGAUGACAGUGUUCAUCGAACAGAACACGGGAUUUCAUUUUAUUUUAUUUUUGAAAGGUUUCGAUUUUGUUUUAGUUUC